ACCCUAUUUACAGGAAAUUCCAGAUUUCCUUACAUAACGUGAGGUUGAAGGGUAGGGUUGCGUUCGCCUCAGCCGCCCGGAAAUAGUGUUGAAGCGUGGAAAAAAAGACGAGAAAAUAUUUAUCUUUCGCAAAGCUGAAGAAUGAGGCUCUUGGUGCUUGGGGCCACUGGACAAACAGGCCAGUUAUUAGUGCGACAAGCGCUAGAUCACGGCCAUAUGGUGAAAGCUAUUGUAAGAACUCCCAGCAAGCUGACCAUUCAGCAUGACAACUUGAAGGUGGUGAAAGCAAAUGUCUUCUCAGCUAACAGCCUUCUGGAACACUUCAGUGAAGAGGAUGCCAUCAUGUCCUGUCUUGGAUUCCCAAUAAGCAUAUUUUCUGAAGCUACAGGAUAUACAGAAUCAAUAAAAGCUAUAGCUCCUGCUAUGCGUGAAGCAAAAGUGACACGAAUUAUAGCAAUGACAUCCUGGUACACAAAACCUGACACAGCUCAGGAGGCUUCCUGGACAAUUCGGUGGUUAUUGAUCCCUUUGAUCCGCAAACUACUGAUCAACAUGCAGGAGAUGGAGAAUUAUCUGAACAAUGAAUGCCAAGACCUCAAGUGGACAGUGGUGAGACCACCAGGACUUCAGAAUGCAUCAAAAACAGAAAAACAAAUACUAACCCAUGAAGGGUACUUUGUGCCAGGCCCAGAAGGAAUUCCCAUUGGAAAUUCAGUGACGCGAGGAGAUGUUGCUCGCUUUAUGCUGUCACUUGUUGAAGAAGAUUUGUGGAUUAAGAAGGCAGUGGCCAUGACAACAAAGUGAAAGAAAUAUUACUUUUCAUUAAAUUAAAGCUUCCAGCUAACUCCUGUAAGGUUAUCUAUAGAAACUAUGAGAACAAAGAGCCAAGGAUGUACAGUAAGGAGAUAAAGACAAAAGCAAUGGUUUAGUAGAAAUGCCUCCAAACAAACUCCUAGGUAGUAAGAUUAACCUUUACUUGGCUAUGGGUCUUUCAACUCCUCUAUAUAUAUAAAAAGCUAAAAUUAUGGGCUGUCAUUUUGAAUUAAUGGUGAAAAACUAUUUUUCUCAAUUGGAGUGUUGCUUUGGAAUAAUUCAGUACAACAUAAGUUCUUAAUAAACUGCUAGAAUUUGAAAAUGGCUGUGAAAUAAACCAACCUGACAACAUUAUAAAA